CUUCGCUGGACUAGUGUAAUCAAGUGAUUUUAAAAUUUUAGAUUUUGGUACAUACUACAUAACUAACAGCAAUCAAUUUUUAUUUUUUAAAUUAUCAAAUAAACGUUUUCAUUUUAGCUAAUUACUGUUAUGUCACCUCGUGUUUCGUGGUAUCAAAUAGUUGUUUUUGUGUUUGUGUGCUGUUCAUGGUAUCACGUAAUUUACCUGAGCUGGAAAUUGUCUAGAGAAUUAAAUUGAGAGAUGCCUCUCACUGCAGAUGUUGCCGCUCAGCAGGUGCAAGAGCGUUUGAGAUCAUUGCACAGGUACAUUUAUGAUAUUGAAGCAGAGAGAGGAAGAAGUGAGCAAUGCAUUGAUCAGAUCCUCAGAGCGGAAAAGGCAGUAGAAUCUUCACCAUCUAAUGAUGAAUCUUCAGGAUCUUCACAACAACAGAUGCAGUUAAAAAACUUAUACAAGGCUGGUCUGACAGCAGCAGAACAAGAGGAACGUGUUAUCCGCUUAGCUUUGUCUAAGAUAUAUGAAAUAAGGGCAAUUAAAAAUGAAAGGCGAAUUCAGGCGCGACACGCGGGCAAUAAGGAGACGAUAGGAUGCGGCGCGCUGAUGAAGAUGCUGUUAAGUGCAGCCCAGACUUUGCCGCUGCACGUGGGGCGCGUGGGAGAGCGUGCGCCCGCUUUGUGCGGUGCCUUACCGGCGGAUUCAGGGCACGUGGCGCGUCCUGGGGAUGCCGUUGCCGCACUUGUGCGCGUCUCCGAUAAGGAGGAGAACUGGAUUCUCGCUGAGGUGGUGAGCUGGUUGCCAGCGCAGGGUAAGUAUGAGGUGGACGACAUAGACGAGGAGCAGAAGAACCGACAUGUGCUGAGCAAGCGGCGCGUGGUGCCGCUGCCUCUGAUGCGCGCAGACCCGCGCACCGACGAGCAGGCGCUCUUCCCCAAGGGCGCGGUCGUGAUGGCGCUCUACCCGCAAACCACCUGCUUCUACCGUGCUGUCGUCAACAGACUGCCCUCCUCUGCCGCUGACCCUUACGAAGUUCUCUUUGAGGAUUCAUCGUACGCGGAUGGGUACUCUCCGCCGGAGCGCGUGGCGCAGCGCUACGUGAUCGCCAUCAAGGAGGGCAAGGGGCGGAGCACCUGACCCUACCCCUGCGCCCCGCCCCCAGCGCACCUCGCCCUGCCCCCCGCACGCCACGCGAUACUCGGCAUCGAUAUCGACUUGUAGCUUAUAGCUUUCAUUUACAGCAACAAAUAAAGUUCAAAGUGAAAGUUCAUAGAAUUUAAUUAAUAUUUAUUAGCGCAUACAUUUAAUGCACUUGAUUAUGCAACUGUAGCAUACAUUUUACUUAAUAAAUUGAUGUAAACUAUCAAUAGUUUAAUUUUAUAUGAUCUGGAUGUUAUUUUUUUAAAGU